GAUUUAGAUGGAUUCUAACUACUAGUAUUGCAUUCUAACUUGUUUUUUUUGAAUCAAUUUCAUUGUUUCAUUACAAUUACAUAGGUAUGUUUCAUCAUUGCGAGUAAUUUAUUAUUUGUAUGUUUUUUUGUUGUGACAGUGACACAGAGUCCUGCAGAAGUAAGUACAUGUUGAUUGUUAUCUUCCACAGACCUCAGUACCUGUAAUCGUGAAGAAUUCAAAAAGAUGUCUGCGGAACCAGUUGUUUAUCCAACUGGUCAACAAGGCAAUAUCGGGUUGUAUACGACCAUGCCUACUCAUGUGGCUACAAGUCCGAGAACGGAACGUGGAAAACAGUCGUGUACGGGGAAAUGUUGUAAGGUUACUCUCUGGGUUAUUGGCAGCAUCGCAGCUCUAGGCUUCAUAGCUGGUGGCGUGAUCUUUUUCGUGGACCUGUCACGACAAGAGAAGACUCGUUGGUCUUCCUCUCCUCUUUCCCGCAGCUUCCCAAGAUCUUCCUUGGACGCAGCUUCCUCAAGUUCUUCAUCAAACACUGCGAGAGCUGGAGUUGGAAGUGGAGUCCCCCCUAUUAUGAGAGGAGGAGGAGGAGCAAAUGCAAUUGCAAACUACGAAGAUCAUGGACGAGGAGAGACAACUUCUACUGUCGGUCCUACUACUUCUGGAGACGAGCAGCCUCCGAACAACUCGAGUCCCUCACCUACAAAUAAUCAGGACGAUGUGCCGCCCCCUACUGCGGGAACACGGUCUGGUGCGGGAACACGGUCUGCAAGCACGUCUUGUUCAUCUGGAAGUCGUCAACCUCCUGUUUCUGCCUCGUCUCGUGAGGACGAGCUAGAAGAUGAAGAGCAGCAGGCUGAGCAGAAGGAAGAGGAGCUAGAAGAAGCGCAGCAGGCUGAGGAGUUGCAACGGCAAGAACAGCAAGAGAGGGCUAGGGAGGAGGAAGAGGAGAAACGUUAUCGCCAACUCGAACAUCAGAUGUAUAAACGGCGCCACGAAGAGAUCAGGGCAAGAAGGAGAGAAGAGCAGCGUGUGAUAGAGGAGUCUCGACGCGUACCCGACUUAUUGCCACUUCAUGUCAGAAAGCAGCUUGCCUUAAGGCUCAAUAUAUUUCAUUUCUGAGAGUCAUUUCUCGCUGAUUCCUUUUUGGAAUGACGGAAAAAUGAAGGCAAGAAAUGAAAUGUUUGAGCUCUAAUUCAGGAGUUUGAUCUCUACCGCAAGGCAGCAGAGGACGUGGCCGAAGCACUGCAGUGUGCGUACAACUUUGGCAAGACUCUUUCAGAACAGUAUGGAGGAGAAAGUCCAGCCAAUGAUUAUCAUCGAGAACUGUGGGAGGCAGAAGCCCAUAAGAUGUGGACGAAGGAACAACAAAUCAAAAAAGAACGUGAGCGUCGCAGGAAUAGGCAGGUAUAG